GCCUUGUUAGAGUGUUUAUACACUCCCACUCCUUGGCUCAGUCUGACAGCAGAACUACAGGGAGACUCUCUAGGCAGUCAGGCUAUGUGUGUCCGAGUGAAAGGGUGGGGGGUCAUCCUGAAUUGACCUCCAAAUGGAACACCGGCUGGUGACGCUGCUGUUUUUCCAAGCAGUUUGGAAUAGUGUUCUUGGGAAGAACCAUUCUGUACACAAAAGAGGCCUCCUUGAGUUAUCUGGAGCCAUAAAGUGUGGCACAGGACGAUUUCCUUUGGCAUAUUUAGGUUAUGGAUGCUACUGCGGCCCAGGAGGAAGAGGAUGGCCGAAGGACAAAACAGACUGGUGCUGUCAUGAACAUGACUGCUGUUAUGGCUUCGCGGAGGAACAAGGCUGUAACCCCAUAAUACGUAGAUAUAAAUGGACCUGUAAUGACAAUACUGUGGUAUGUGAUACAAUGUUAGACAGAUGUCAAAAAAUCAUAUGCCAAUGUGACAGAGAAGCAGCCAAGUGUUGGAGAUCUGCCCCUUUUAACCGACGCUAUGCCUUCUGGCCAAAUUUUCUGUGUGGCCAAAUUUACCCUGUAUGCAGUUAUGGGAAAUGUAGGCAUUAAGACUAUUUUUUAAUGGAAACCUUCAGUUUCUUUCCUCUUUAAGCUCUCUAUACUUUGUACAUCAUUCAACUAGACUAGCAGCUUCUGAAUUGUGUAUGUAUCUUCGGAUUUCUGGAAAUGUCAGAUUAAACAGUGACCUCUAUACCUGUUGGUUGCACAGAUUCAUAGGCUUCUUGUGAUAUCUUGUCAUGGAAAACAUACCCUACAAAAGUGUUUUUGAAAUGCCAUGCUAUGAUCUUU